AUGAGCAAUAAAUUCAAAGGCUCGUCGGAGCACAAGCUCUCCCGAGCCCAAGCUCGCCGGAGCCCAAGCUCUCCCAAGCCUAAGUUCUCCGGAGCCCAAAUUUGCCGGAGGCCAAGCUCAUUUGAGCCUAAGGGCUCGUUGCUCGGAGCCCAAGCUCUCCCGAGCCCAAGUUCUCCGAAGCCCAAAUGUGCCGGAGCCCAGGCUCUCCCGAGCCCAAGCUCUCCCGAGCCCAAAUUUGCCGGAGCCCAAGCUCUCCCGAGCCCAAGUUCACUGGAGCCCAAAUUUACCGGAGCCCAAGCUCUCCCGAGCCCAAGUUCUCCGGAGCCUAAAUGUGCCGGAGCCGAAAGUUCAAAGGUCGUGCGAUGUAUGGCAAGUGACCAAGUCUCAAGUGCUCAACGUACCCAUACUAAAGGAACCCAAACAAGGGGACCCGAUGCUAAUCUUGAAAGAGCACCACGUGCUCCUCGUCCACCAACACGCACUGACAGGAUCGAAGCACGAGUGGACACAUUGGUAGGGAUGGUGAAUCAGCUUAUCACUACCUUUAACACAAUUCGUCUAGCAAACAACCAACAAAGUGGGCAGGCAAAUUCUCAGAGCGCUAGGAGUGGGCGUAGCCAUCGUCGGAUCCAGUGA